AUGGAAUUUACGGAUUUGGAGACAUUUCGUUCCAAGUAUAGCGAUUUAACGGUAACCGCCGUUCCAGCCAAGCGACAGAAGUUGGAUGCGCAGCCAGAGAACUUGGAUGCGGCCAAACAUGUCGAAAAAUCGCCAACGGCGCUUGUGGAAAUUAUUCCCAUCAUAGCCUCAAACGCUGCUGCUUCCACGUUCCAGCAGAGCAGCAAACGAAUUACCAAACAGGAACAACAACAGCUGCAGUUCCAGCAGCAGCAGCAACUGCAGCAAGCAGAGGAUGAUGUGGCCUAUUCCAAUGAGUAUCGGCAGGUGUUGGCCAAACUGGAGUAUACCAAAUAUGCUCAGGCUCAACUCCAGCUGAUGUCUGCUUCCAAUGGCAUUGCUGGAAAUAGUUAUGAUUCCAAUGACAUUGGUGGAAACAGUUAUGAUUCCAACGGCACUUCCAAUAUUGUGGAUGUGUACGACAACCUGUUGAGUGUCAUCGCUGAAAUGCAGAGCUGCUUGGGACCCACAGCGAUGGGUUUGCGAGCGCCAAAGGAACGUCUCUUGCGUGACAUCGGCCAUGCUCGUGUCCUUGUGCGUGAGUGUAUAUUGAUGCUAAUGCACAAUCAGUGAAGAAGUGACGUCACUCAGCAGCCAGUGACGUGACGUGUUAAUUGCUCUAAUUCGUGCCGAUGAAGCUUUUGUUUUAAGUGUACCCCAAUAAAAGAACAACAAUAAACAACCACAAAAGCGUGAACUUCCAAGAA